UCAGGCACUAUAUAUUAAUCACAAACCCUCACAUAGCAGCUCCAUCCUUUGCCGGCUUCAGCAACCAUGGGUAUCUCUCGUGAUUCUAUGCACAAGAGGCGUGCAACAGGAGGAAAGAAGAAAGCUUGGAGGAAGAAGCGAAAGUACGAGCUUGGAAGGCAGCCAGCCAACACAAAGUUGUCAAGCAACAAAACUGUGAGGAGGGUUAGAGUUCGCGGUGGUAAUGUGAAAUGGCGUGCACUAAGGCUCGAUACUGGGAAUUUCUCUUGGGGUAGUGAAGCUGUAACAAGAAAGACUCGAAUUCUGGAUGUUGUUUAUAAUGCAUCAAACAAUGAGCUUGUUAGAACUCAGACAUUGGUAAAGAGUGCAAUUAUCCAGGUUGAUGCUGCUCCAUUCAAGCAAUGGUACCUUCAACAUUAUGGAGUUGAUAUUGGGCGCAAGAAGAAAGCUGCAGCAUCCUCUACCAAGAAAGAAGGAGAGGAGGUUGAAGCUGCUGCCACUGAAGAAGUGAAGAAGAGUGCUCAUGUAGUUAGGAAAAUUGAAAAGCGACAAGAGGAACGCAAGCUUGAUGCUCAUGUUGAAGAACAGUUUGCUGGUGGGCGUCUGUUAGCAGCAAUCUCAUCUCGACCUGGCCAAUGUGGUCGUUGUGAUGGAUACUUGUUGGAAGGAAAAGAGUUAGAGUUUUACAUGAAGAAGAUUCAAAAGAAGAAGGGAAAGGGUGCUGGUGCCUCUUAAUAUGUUUUCAUUUACCAGAUUAUGGCUUUGUUUCCCAAUUUUCUUGUCAUAUUAGCUGAUUUUGGUACACUUUGUUAAAUGUGGUUUAUUAGACCAGCUGCAAAAGCUUGUUUUCAAACAAUCUCUGUUUUCUUGCACUGUUUGACAUCUCUUUUCUAAAUUAAUCACUUAUUUGAUCUUU